AGAAGAAGAGUAACGCAUCGUGAAAGCGGUCUCGUUUGCUUCACCUGCAGCCUCUGCUGUGUUCUCAGCCUAAUUUGCACAUGUCUAGCUACGUUAUUGGUGCUCGUGGAUCAAAAAGUAGAAGCAGCUAGCUAUCAAUACCGGUACAGAAAUGGCGUUAAUCUCAAAGUGUUACUUUCUGCCCCGUGGUAAAAUACUUCCAACCGUUUAUUUUUGCCGCAAGCUCGUUACCAAGGAAUUUUCCACCGCUUUGGCCACUAUGAACAAGGAUUCCAUGUCCGAAUUAUCCUUCCGUUUGCCGAAGGAAGUGAAACCCCUGCACUAUGACAUUUAUCUGCACCCGGACUUGAACAAGGGCACGUAUCAGGGAAAAGUCACGAUCCUGAUUGUCGUACUGGAUAGAAGAAGCUUUAUAGCCCUUCAUCAGAAAGAAUUGAAUAUCACAUCCAUCGUGCUGAAGACAUACGAUCGGGAAGAGAAUUAUGAACUCGAGGUUGCGGAUAUCGUGCAAGUUCCGAAACACGAAAUGUUCGUGGUCGCAACUAAGGUUGAACUUCACUCCGGAUUGUAUAAUUUGAGCAUCGAGUUCAAUGGCGCUUUGCAGCCGGAUAAAAUAGUCGGAUUUUAUUCCAGUAAAUACAAGGACUCGCAAAAUAGAACCAGAUAUAUUGCCACAUCGAAAUUUGAACCGACUUAUGCCAGAAGAGCAUUUCCAUGCUUCGAUGAACCAGCAUUCAAAGCAGAAUUCACUGUUAAACUGGUCCAUCCAACUGGCGAAUAUAAUGCCCUAUCAAACAUGAACGCUGAAUGUACACAGAUGAACGAGCCAUCUCGGGGAUUAACGACGGUGACAUUUGCAAAAAGCGUGCCAAUGUCCACGUAUUUAACUUGUUUCAUAGUUAGCGAUUUCGUAGCGGUCACCAAAAUGGCGAACGGUCUGAAUGACCGUCAAUUUCCGGUUAGCGUAUACACGACUAGAGACCAGCAACACAAAGGCACCUUCGCCCUUGACGUGGGGGUGAAGAUUAUUGAAUAUUAUAUCAAAUUGUUUGGAAUCGAUUAUCCUUUACCUAAACUCGACAUGGCUGCCAUUCCUGAUUUCGUAUCCGGUGCGAUGGAAAAUUGGGGUCUUGUUACGUACAGAGAAGCGAGAUUGCUGAGCGACGAGAAGUCGACUUCCACUUCGAAAACUUAUGAUAUUCUUACUGUAAUUAGUCAUGAGUUUGCUCAUAUGUGGUUUGGCAAUUUGGUGACUAUGUCCUGGUGGAACGACCUCUGGCUGAACGAGGGCUUUGCUUCCUUCAUGCAGUACAAAAGUGCUGAUGGGGUGUUCCCUGGUUGGAGUCUGAUGGAACUGUUUCUCACCGAACAAAUGCACUCUGUGUUUGUAACAGAUGCCAAAUUGAGUUCUCACCCAAUCGUUCAGACAGUCAGCAACCCUGACGAGAUAACAGCGAUCUUCGAUGAAAUCUCUUACAAAAAGGGUUCCUCGGUCAUUCGAAUGAUGGAAAAUUUCAUAGGGCCCGAUGUCUUCUACGGUGCCAUUGCUACCUACUUAAACAAAUUCGUGUAUCACAAUGCUGAGACAGCGGAUCUCUUCAAGAUAUUGGAAGAAGCUUCACCGGAUAAAUUGAACGUGACGGCGAUCAUGGACACGUGGACUAGACAGAAAGGAUUCCCGGUUGUAAAUGUGAAGAAAACGGGAAAUAACUACAUGUUGACGCAGAAACGGUUCCUUGCUGAUUCCGAUGCUGAAUUUGACGCUUCCGAGUCUGAAUAUGGGUACAAGUGGACCAUUCCUAUUACUUAUAUCUCAAAUAAAACAUCGAAGCCUGCGCUUUUGUGGUUCAACAAGGAUGCCAGUUACUUAUUGAUUGAGUUCAAGGAGCCUCAAGAAUGGAUCAAAUUCAACGCGGAUCAAGUUGGAUAUUAUCGGGUCAAUUACGAAACAACCGAAUGGAACGUUCUGAACAAACUUCUUCUAUGUUCUCACACAAGAUUGUCAGUGUCGGAUAGAGCACACCUUCUGGAAGACGCGUUCAGCUUAGCAAGCGCUGGAGAACUUGAAUACGAAAUAGCAAUGAACAUGACUGGGUAUCUGUCCCAAGAAAAUAAUGCUAUUCCAUGGAGUGUUGCAUCCUCCAAACUGACAGCCAUUGACACUUUGAUGUCGGCAACCAAUUCAUCGUCGAAAUUCAAGCAAUACGUAAGAGAUUUGGUGAACCCCAUUUACCAGGAGAUAGGAUGGUCUGUGAAGAACAACGAGGAUCGUAUUCAUCUAAAACUGCGAACGACAAUACUUGGCUUGGCCUGUUCAGUGGAACACGAGAAGUGUCUGGAAGACGCUGGAAAAUUAUUCAAGAGCUGGUUGCAGGAUCCUAAAGAUACUCGUCCGCAUCCUGACAUUCGUAAUCUCGUAUAUUACUAUGGAAUGUAUCACGUUGGCGAUGAGGCUUCUUGGAACGCCGUUUUCGAUAAAUUCGUCGCUGAAAAGGACUCCGCAGAGAAGCUGGGAUUAUUGCGCGGAUUGACUGCGAUACGAUCGGUUUGGAUUUUGAACAAAUUCAUCACGUCAGCCACGGAUGAAAAUUACGUACGUUCUCAGGACUUCUUGAACUGUCUAGCAGCCAUUUCUGAGAAUCCUUUAGGGACACCGCUGGUCUGGGAUUGGGUGCGAUCCAACUGGGGAUUUUUGGUGGACAGAUACACUCUCAAUGACAGAUACCUAGGUUCGCUAAUUCCAUCGAUCACAAAGACAUUCGCUACGGAGACACGUUUGGAGGAAAUGAAAGCGUUCUUCGCGAAAUACCCUGAAGCUGGUGCUGGAGCCAUGAACCGAGCUAAAGCUUUGGAAACGGUGUCGAAUAAUAUUAAAUGGCUUGCAAAGAAUCGUGAGAAGUUGGAUAACUGGCUAAAUACACGUGAGGAAGGUCAUUAGAAGGGUCAAACGAUAGUCAUUGAUUUUAAUUGAUGUUUUGUUCGAUGAUCGUUGCUGAAGAACUAGGGGUGUGUUAUUAUGGAGAUUUCAUGGGCUAUGUGAUGUGUGGUUUUUAAAUUGAAUCAAAGGCGAAGAGAAACGAAGGUUGAUAUUUUGAGGUGAUUUUUGAAGACUAUAAAUGAUAUUUUAAUGAUGGUAAUUGGGUCAAUUGUGACCCAGAAGACUGUCAGGAAUAAACAGAAUGCUUAUGAAGCUUUACAAAAUCAUGCAUUUAACUUUCUCCACUUGACCCAUUUUGUAAGAAUUUAUAUUUUUAUGCAGCAAAGUUUGUAAUGAUUUUUUAACAAAUAAACCAUCUAUGGGAUGAAUCAA